CCCAUAGAGAGGAGGAGGAGGAAGUAACAAAGAGCUAGAUGAUUGACUUAAGAAAGUCUUGCGAAUCUCCAAAUCUCAUUUAAGAAAGGCGUUUCAUUCACGGUGUACUGUAAAAAACGCCUCCGUUGAUUAAGCCUAUAAGGUUCAAUCAAGCGUCUCUGUAGAAAUUCCAAGAAAGAAUACAAUCAAAAGAGACGGAGAGGGACAAGAAAGAGUUUCUCAGUUACUCACUGUACCCACCAUCAAGAACUUUGUCUAUCAGCAAAAUUUGGUUGAUCCUAAAGCUUAACCUACAUGGAGUUCGCCUGAUCCAUUGGCAGAGAAUAAAGAUGCGAAAGACGGCAGCAGCGGACUAUAACAGUACUACUGCUGCAAACUUGUUGAGAGCAGUUCAAGCGCGAGAGUUCACUAGGGAGGAAAUGGAGGAGAAGGAAAAGAAGAAAGGACAGAAUGAUGGGAAGAGGUAUUCUAUUCUGGAUUUACCCAAAGAUUGCAUCUACAGAACUCUUAUUAAACUUCCCAUUGAGUCACUUAGGAGAUCAAGUUUAGUUUGCAAGCCAUGGUACAAAAUGAUCAACAACUCUAUUUUCAUCCAAGACCAUCUUCGUCGCUCCGAAAUGGGUUUGAUAUUCCUAUCUAAGUCGCCUGGAACAGAAACUAAUUCAGAUGAGAACAUUUUUCAUGUCGAGAAACAUUAUCUCCCAAGUAAAGCCAACUGGGAGUCUCGAAUGGAGCAGUACGAUGUAGAAUUGAAUUUGCAGUUCAUGGAGAUUAAAGAUGGGAAAAGCGCGGUAAAAUCUUUGAAGCUAAGCUCUUAUGGAGAAAUACGAGCUGCGUGCAACGGCUUGGUUCUACUUGAAAACAGCCGAAUUUGUGGUCCAGUUGUCAUCAAUCCUGUGACUCGAGAAUAUACUGUUCUUUGCCGUGGUACAAUAGCUCUCCCGCAUGAUGAAUCUUAUGGAUUUGCUUUCAGUUAUAGAACUGGAGAGUACAAAGUCGUACAUUUGUUUCGAGAUCAUCUGCGGUAUUUCGGAUGCGAGAUUAUUGAAGUUGAUUCUCAUACAUGGAGGGCAGUUGAUGGUCCUAGUUUUGGACUUAUAAGUCAGCUGGGAAAGGCUCCAGUUGUUGCCAUUGGAGCUUUUCACUGGAUGCCUCAUAUUGAGAACUAUGAAUACAUAGUGUCAAUGGGGCAUUGAUGAUGAAAAAUUUCGCAAAAUCCAGUUACCAAAAACUAGUGUAGUGGAAGAUAUGAUGGUUUAGUUGAUAUGGGUGGAUGCUUAUCGUUUGUGAGUCACGCCGAUUAUAAUCGACUUGAUGGUUGGAUUUUGAAGGAUUUAGAUGGAAGUAAGUGGAUCCUGAAACACAGUAUUGUUGCUGGAUUGACUCUGUGUAUGGUGCCCUUUGGUUAUGCUUCAAGAAACAAGUUAGUUCUGAAGAGAGAUAUCAAUAGCACGUUGUUCACUUAUGAUUUGGAGCAGAGAGAGAUGAAGGAGAUUGAAAUGAAUGAAGGCUGUUCUCCGUAUCUGGGAUCUUAUGUUCCACAUUUUAACAGCUUAGUCUCUUGGAAAAAUCGUAUAGGUCAGCGACUGGAAGACGUCUGAUGCUAAAAUACACUAAGGCUUGUAUUCUUAUGUUGUAUGGGAUGGCAAAACAUAUGCAAGUAUCAACAAAUUCUACAUUUUACUA